UCCCACUUUGCCUCCAGAUCUGGGAGCACGCGCCGGCGCCCGGGCGCCCCGCGGCCACACUGAACUGGGUGUUGACAGGGGCUGUGGGGAGGAGGAGGAGGAGGAGGAGGAGGAGGAGGGAGGAAGAGGAGGAGAGGGAGGAGGAGCAAGAAAUAAUCGCUGGCGGCUCGCUUGGCCAGCGACGAACUUAAAAACAACGAGGCUGGGACGCGCAGCGCAGCGAUUGCUCACGACCAGGAGUGGUACUGCUCUCCCAUGGUCCUGCGGGCGCCUCGCCGCCCAGGGUGCGCACGCCGCAGCGGACGACCCGCUCCUGCGCGGCCUCAGAUCCCGCUCGGCCGGGCCGCCGACGAGGAACACCCUAGGCUAUACGCAAGAGUGACCCUGGGUAAGAGUGACCUUUGGUGCGCGGCUUUUGGGGGGCCGCGCGGGGGCCAAACUCAGGCGCACAAGACGCU